UCGACGCAGAAUCAUGACGUCACCUCGAGCCAGCGUCUCAGAAACUUCAUCAGUGUGUAUUUUUCGUGCAUUUAAAAUAAAACCUCUUCUAUGGACGUAUUGCUCCGCGCAGCAGGUCCCCUUCAUACCGCUGAUGUGAAGCACCCCCUCACUAAAGUGGCCCCUGCUGUCAUGCCUCCAAUCAUGGCUCAGAUCAGUGAUCCAAAGAUCGCAUUUGCCUACCUGCGCCCGGCCUGUGUCCUCCUCACCCGAGCGCCCACUGUGACCAACGUGGAGACACUGAGCGGCCAGUUAAAAGAAGUCGACGAUGCCACAUUGCAGCAGCUCCAAGAGUACGUCCUCUUCCCUCUUCGCUUCGUCCUCAAAGUCCCCGGGCCCAAGAAUGACAAACUGGUGCAGGCUGUGGCUGAGGCCAUGAGCUAUGUCCUCGAGAACACUUGCGUCCAGAGCUGGGAGACUCUCCGUGACCUCCUCUCGGAGCUUUGCCUGUGCCUGUGCUCGCCAACCGAUCCUGGGAAACCUGCAGACACGUCAGAGGAGCUGAAAUUGUCUGUGCUGAGGUGCCUGGACGCGCUGCUUCAUGCUGCUUACGGUGAUAUAGUCUUCAAACUCUUUGAACCGAUUAUGCUGCCCGGACUGGGAGCUGCCAUAUCGUUGCUUCUGGCUUUAGCAGAGAAGGAGAAAUCUCGAGAUGUACAGGCAGCAGCGCUGACGUGCCUCCAGGCGUUGACUCUGCAGUGUGACUGCUCUCAGGAGCAUGUGGUCCCAUCCUCAGAGGAGAGAGGUGCGAUAGGCAGCACUAUGGCUUCAUUCCUACCUGGGAUCACUGUGACCGUAGCCAGGAUCAUAACAGGAGAUCUGAGGCAAGGCCAUGCAGUCACGAUCAGGGCCAUCAAGGUUUGGUCCAGGACUGUGGGGCUUGUCAUGGAGGACGCCCAGAUUCAGGCCGGCGAGCCCAGCAAGACUCCCUCAGCAGACCUGGGGAGAAUCGCUCAGCUGAUGGUCCACCGGACAAAAGACUGGGUGAAGAGCACAGCUGAGAAACUAUCCGUGCUCCUGAGGAAGAUCAUCUCCUGCACCUCGUCUCACCAGCACUGGAGGGUCCGACUAGAGAUGGUGGAGCUGGAUGACCACCUGCUUGCCAGUUGUAGCCAGUCACUGGGAGAGUGUGUGGGACCGCUACUGGAAGCACUGGUGGGAGCAGUCAACGACGAGGAGCCCAGAGUCAGAAAGAGGUGUGAAGUUGUUCUCAGCGAGGUAUCACAGAGGAAUCAGAGCCGUAGCAGAAGCAGCAGUGACUUUACCAGUGAAGGCAGCAGUGCUCAGACCUUCACUGAUGUGCUCUCAGAGAAUCUCCACUCUUUGGCCACCUCCCUGCCCAGACUGAUGAGGACCUCCGAUGACCAGAAGAAGCUGUUUGUCCUCAACGUGUUUCUGGGUUAUUUAAAGGUCCUGGGACCACUGGUCUCCGUGGUGCUGAACUCUGCUGCACACCUCGAGAGGAUUUCCAAAGCCUUGAUGCAGGUGCUGGAGCUGGAUGUGAUGGAUGUUCGCAUUGUGGAGGAAAGGAGUUACGCUGCUACCAUAGAGACAAGCCCGUGCUCUCAGGAUUCCUACACUGCUCACAUACAGAGGAAGCAUUUUCUCUACUUCACAGACGAGAAGAUCCUCUCUGUGCUCAUGGAGAUCUGUCGAACAUUAGGUUACUACGGCAACAUUUACCUGCUGACGGAUCACUUCCUAGAUCUGUACCAACAGUCUUCAGCAUACAGAAAGCAGGCUGCCAUGGUGCUUAAUGAGAUUGUCAGGGGCGCAGCAGGCAUCGCCGUGGCAACAGAGGGUCACGGUUUGGAGAGUCAAGAUCGGGGACACUCUGCCAGCCAGGACGACCUUAAAGUGGCAGUGGUUUCUGUCAUGGAGGAAUACACCAGUCUGCACAACUGGCACUUAAUAACUGUCAGUGAGGAGACGGAGAGAGACCGACAGGACCAGCAGCUACUCAGCCCAUCUGGACUUCUCUCCAUAUCCAACAAUAAUGUCAGCAACACCAAAGCAAACUCUCUCCAAGUGAUUUCUUCUUCAUUUGGGAACCCAUCUUCCUCGUCGCCGACCUCCACAAUCCACCAGCUCAACAGCAACAUCUGGCAGCUGUGCAUCCAACUCGAGGGCAUCGCCUGCUUUGCUCAGGCACUGGGAACUGACUUUCGUCCCAUUUUGAUGACAUCACUGUAUCCCGUACUGGAGAAAGCCGGGGAGGAGACGCUGAUGGUAUGCCAGGCAGCGCUGGGCGCCAUGUGGGACAUCAGUAAGGCCUGUGGCUACCACUCCCUGAAGGAGCUCAUCAAUGAGAACUCCGACUACCUGCUCAAUGACAUAUCUCUGAACCUGCAGCGGCUCAGCCAGCACCCACAGGCUCCAAGGGUGUUGACAGUGAUGUUGACUCACUCCGACAGCAGCCUGCUGCCUCUGGUCGGGGACAUCGUUCAGGAUGUGCUGACGGCUCUGGAUCUCAGCUACGACCACAAGGCCGCUCUUUUCUGCUCCGUGCUGCACGCGCUCAUGAAGGCACUGGCGAGGUGGUUCCCCUCCAGUUGUCGUGGAACCCGUGAGUCUGCCAGACCCAAACACACCUCCCCUCCCAAGGAAGACCUCGACAUCCGCCAAUUCCUGCUGGAUCUCCGCAAACAGAAAGAGCUAGCAGAGGGCAUUGGAAUAGAGGAGGACGACACCGAAGACCUUGUAAUACACGAUGUCCCUCCCCCCACAGAGUGUGAGGACGAUGAAGAUAUCGGUGGUCCUGAUGUGAAAGCAGAGCUUCCAACCCACCUCAGCAUCACUAAAGACGUCAUGGAGCGCUGCAUUCAUCUGCUGUCCGACCCCAGCCUCAGGCUGCGACUCAAGGUGUUGGACGUGCUGGAGCUUUGCGUGUGUGUACUGAGUGAAAGGGAAAAUGAAUUGCUGCCAAUGGCCCAUCGCUGCUGGCCCCCCCUCCUGCAGAGACUCACAGCCGAUGACCCUCUAGCAGUCCUCCGAGCCUUCAGGGUGCUGUGCACGCUGGGUGAAACAUGCGGUGACUUCCUGAGGAGGAGGGUGUCCAAAGAGGUUCUGCCCAAGCUGUGCUCCUCGCUGGUACAACAGGCUCAGAUCAGCGCCAAGGCCGGACCCGUCUACACGCACACCCUGGCCUACAAGCUGCAGCUGGCCGUGCUGCAGGGGCUGGGCUCACUGUGCCACAGGCUGGAUCUGGGUGAGGCUGACCUGGAUGCCGUUUGUGAGGCCGGCCUGCCCUACCUGAGCUGUAGACAACCAAUCAGACUGCAGGAGGCCAGCAGAAGCGUGUUCCAACACUUGAUCCAGGUGGAUCCAGAUGCCUUCUGGUUCACUCUGAACGAGCUGCACUGCCCAUCCUCCUACGUCCCGCCCCACCCGGACCUCCAGCCGGUGCAUCUGAGCGGAAUGGGUCGACCGAGGGACGAGUACUCCGACAACGUGCUGAAACUGCUGAGGGAGGAGUUCGGCUCGGUUGCCGAGACAGCCAGCUAAUGAGCUAGAGGUUGAUGCGAUCGACUCAUCUUUCUCACGGACGGCCUAUUGAACCACCAACUCAAACAAGCCAGUUCACUGAAAGAAAAAUCUGACAAUUGUGCCCAAAGACGGCCAUCAGAUAGGGCCGCGAUAACCUCCAUGCUCUACACGGCUCUGAUAAGCAGCGAGGUGCAAAAGGGAAAUAUCAAUGAAGCAUAUUUGCUGCUGUUGACUCUCCUGCUGCAGGUUUAGAAACCAGGAACACUUCAGACAGCUCUUCUACAUUAGGAGACAUGCAGGCACUGUGCUGAUGUUUUUCAUUUCAAGUGAAUAUAUACACAUGUACUGUAUGCAAAUGUUGUGUUUUUCUGUUCCUUUUAUUUCUGUAUUUUCUUAAAUAAUAAUUGAUUCCUACUUGGAACUACCUUGAUGGUCUGAAUUAUUCAUACUGAUGUUUGAGAGUAGUUCUGGGACUUUUUUACAGAUUAACUUGGCUGUUGCUGACCUAGAUGGAACGCUUUUUAUGUGAGCCUGGAACAUUCUUAAUUAAAAAUAAUUAUCAAAUACUCCAACUAUUCUAAAUAAUUUAUGUCAUGUUGCAGUCAAACCUUAAGCACUUGAUAAAAAUGCUGGGUAUCAAACCUCAAAUAUCAACUAAAAUCUUUAGCGCUAAGUAUGGAAAAGCUUAAAUGUCUGGCCAGAUUGAUUAUCUUUUUAAUUUAAAGUCCUCAACAGGGAACUCUACAGAUUUUACACAUCAGAGACUGUUGACUGUCUUGGAGAGUCAUACUGAAUAUGUGAAGAAAUGUGUAUAAAGCCUUUUGGGGCUCCAGAGGGAGCUCCCUGAAUUCUGAUGUCUAGGUGGUAGGGCAGGGUCGCCCUUCAACCAGAGGAUCGGUGGUUCAAUCCCCGGCUCCGCUGGUCAAUGCUGAUGUGUCCUUUGGCAAAACACUUAUCCCCAAAGUGCUCCCACAGGAUGUCCAAGCUGUAUAUAAAUGGGUGGGAAUGCUUAGACAGGCCUGAUGGGAAGGUGGCAACUUGCAUGGUAGCCCUGCCAUCAGUGUGUGAAUGGGUGAAUGAUGACAUUUAGUGUUUAUCACCACUCAAAGCGUUGAUGCAUCCAAAUCUGUCUCUUUCUCUUCGACCCAGCCAGUGAAGAAGUGCCUUAAACCUGUAUUCUUCCUAAUGGCCAUCAGGGGACCACUCCUCCGGUUUCUAUGAGAAAAUGACUCUACUUCUCUCUUGAUUUAUUCCCUCAGUAAACAUUGUAAACAUGAGUUUAUGGUCUCAAUCUCUAGUUUCAUGUCUUCUUCAAUACAGCAUGAUGCUCAUUGAGUAAAUGAUGGUCCAUUUAGAGUGAAUAGAUGAUA